AUGCCAGUCAGCUGCGAUGAUCUUGCACGGGAUUGGUCGGUCUUGCCAUUCCGGACCAGUGAGAUUGAUGAGCUCCUGACGAGUCUCUUUGUAUCAAGCCUACCCCACCGAUGGAAGCUUGCUAUCCCCGAAGGUGAGCAUCUAGAACUUGGGGUGGCAUUUCAAGUGUCGCUUCUUUGUGACGGAUCCCCUGCUUAUAGCCAAGACGAUGCUUCUGUGGAGCGAACAGAACAGGCACCAUGCCCUCAACCUGUUCAGGAUCUUGCACCACGCCAUUCCGUAUCACCGUCUCAAUCUCGCCGUCUUGUCACCAUGUCUGAAGCCGCUGUAUCCAAGGGUGGCUACGGGGAGGCUCUCAUCCCCUGGCAGGCCUUCCACGGCGUCGUCUGGACUCUGACGGGAGUCAACUUGAUCACCCUGAGCGUCCGGCUCGCAACACGAUGGAGGACGUUCCGCAAGCUCUUCUGGGACGACAUCCUGGUUAUUUUUGCUUGGCUUAUAAUCUUUGUAAACUCGGUGGUGUGGGCAACACAGUGGUGGAAUAUGUAUGCCAUCGUUUGGUGGGGAUCUGGGAAGCAGCCACUCCCGCCUCCGCUCAAGGAUAUCAGACAGUGGAUGGAUUGCAUGCUGGCCAUGCAGCUGCUCGUCUUCAUCUGCAUCUUCAUUGUCAAGCUCGCCCUCCUGCUCUUCUUCAAGCGACUCUACGGUAAUUCUGAAACGAGGCGACAGCGAAUAUACUGGUGGAGCUGCGUAGUCGCUUGCGCAAUCGUCUUCAUCCUCUCCAUGACGAUUAUUCAGUACAAGUGUUACAUGAACGACUUUAUAUAUCAAAAUGACCACUGCAACAGCGGUUGGUUCGUCACUGAAUCCCUCAUCAUCUCGACCAUUCUCACAGCCUUCAGCAUCAUAACUGAUUUCAUGAUUCUGGCCAUUCCUGUCACCAUGGUCUGGAAUCUCAAAAUCCGGCGGAAGAAGAAGGCAGCGUUGAUUGGCUUGUUUUCUCUCACCAUCAUCACCGUCAUUGUGGGCAUUGUACGCGUCUCCAUCCUUUACACGACUCGCUUCAAUCAGGGCGCUAUCGACCCUGUAGCCUUCAUCUUCUGGUGGUCGGUGGAAGCCUAUAUCAAUUUGUUGAUCGCCUGUCUUUCCUCCUUCCCUCAACUUUUCGUUCGCUCCAAGCCCCGGCAAGCAGAAAAGCCAGCUCCGACGGCAAGCAUGAUUGAGCGUGUCCGAAGACGCAUGGCGAGGGGCGGAAGACCACCGACCCGACCUGACCCAAUCUUCUUCACAAAAGACACCGACUUCACUCAAACUACCAGUGGAGCUACUGGGACUACCUCGAACACAGUCCACACGGCAUCUCGAGUGAGGCCUGAGCUGGAGGUGGAGACUGGCCACACUUCGGUCCCUAAUCUGGUGCCCAAGCAGGGAUGGACUGGAGCAGCCACCACCACUACGCAGAUAUCCUCUCCUGUGGGAAAUGACGAUAGAGUGAGCGAGCCCGAGUCAGGAGUCAUGCAGAGACUCGAGUACAAGGUCGAUCGAACCAAUGAAAAGGCAACCAAGUAA